CGAGAGGGGAGAGAGCAGCUGUCUCUUUAAAUGUCAUUUCCUCCUAUUGUAUUUGAAUGGUGAUCAGGAAAAAGGAAAUGAAAGCAGAGGGGCUGAGCUAAGGGACACACACUGUACAAAAAGGGACAGCGCUCUGCUAUAGAAGAGACAGUCACCCCUGCGGCGAGAGAGCGGCUCACACUGGAGAUGUAGAGGUGGCAUUCGGGAUGGAGGAGGGACAAGACCAGUAUCUCAUGCAUGACACCGGAGACUGGGGACCAGGCUGUGUUGGGUGGACCCUGGGGCUUGUUACUGGUGUACUGGGAGCUCUCUGAGGAGAGGGUCAAGGAGCUGCUGCUGAGGGUCUCCGAGACGAAGGCGACACACGAGGGACAAUAGCAGGAACCCACGCACGACCAGCAAAUGUCAUCGGCCAUAGAGCGCAAGAGUCUGGACCCAGCAGAUGAGCCCGUGGACGAGGUCCUCCAGAUCCCUCCUUCGUUGCUGACAUGCGGGGGCUGCCAGCAGAGCAUCGGGGACCGCUACUUCUUGAAGGCCAUUGAUCAGUAUUGGCACGAAGACUGCCUGAGCUGUGAUCUGUGCGGCUGCCGGCUCGGAGAGGUUGGCAGGAGACUGUAUUAUAAAUUGGGACGCAAGCUGUGCCGGAGAGACUAUCUCAGGCUCUUCGGCCAAGACGGUCUCUGCGCUUCAUGUGACAAGCGGAUCCGAGCUUAUGAGAUGACCAUGCGCGUAAAGGACAAAGUCUAUCACUUAGAGUGCUUCAAGUGUGCCGCGUGCCAGAAACACUUCUGUGUUGGUGACCGCUAUUUGCUCAUCAAUUCGGACAUUGUCUGCGAGCAGGACAUCUACGAAUGGACCAAACUCAACGGGAUGAUGUAGCCGCCAUUUUUGUUGCUGACUGGUCCCACAGAGGACAUCACCCAGUACACCUUCACUCCUAAAUGUUUACAUUGACAUUGAGUGUAGACUGGUUAACCUACAGUAAGAGUCAUGUCACUUUCUGCUGGGUGGGGGUGGGGGGGUCUGAAUCUAGAACACAACACUCCAGAACACAAACCGGCCUAAAGCAAUAAGCAAAACUGACGUGAUCUCCAAAACCCAAAUCAUCCGGACUCCUUCCAGCACCGGUGCUUAUUAUUUUUAUAACUGGGAUCAAAGGGAGGAACGUGGUUGAUACCGGAUCCACUACGUACACGGAACAUUACUGACCUAAUUACUCCGGGCCGAUACUGACCCAUCUCUGUGUCACGGAUCAUCUCUCAGAACCUAAAUGAAUGUACAGACAAAGCUGACAGACACAAGAAAAAAAGAAAAAACCUAAACAAUCAACCAAAUUCUAUGUCAAUUCUUUAAAAAUACUGGUUUUAUUAUAUUUUUAACUCCAGAUUUUUUUUCCAGUGGUGUCGACGCGUAAAACUGACAUCCUAUGGCAACGAAUCCGCUGUUUUGGGCUAACCACUGCAAAUAUUGGGGGUUACGUCCCUCCUCCGUCCCGGUGGACGGUGCAUAGAUGGAACUCGGCUUAACACCUCCUAUGGCACCCCCAUACAAAAGGGGGCGCUAGACUAAAACCACCCCUAUGGAAGCAGAUGUAUAAAUAAUAUUACUUAUUCAGCGGUAGAUAAUCUAUGCAAAAUAACAAAACAAGAACAAAGUAA